AUGUCGCCUUGCCAGCAGCAUGCCCUUCCCACCCGCACCGCAUCUCCAGAGUCCUCUAUAUGGAUAGAUCCCACCGAAACUGCCUUCCGUAAGCGAGUUGUCGAGCUGGAAAAACUCACCAACGCCGUUCCCCUCGACAGCCAAAUCUUCGACUUGACCGAAUGGAGCGCAAAUCACCCGCCCUCGCCUCAGCACAACUUCCGCCUCUCCCCGUCGGAAGAGCAGAGGCUGGCAGAUGACAUCUCCUAUCUUGCGGCCGUGGGUGAGGGCGCACAAUCCGUCGCUGCCGCCACGGUUCAGGAGCCGUCUUCAAUCACCAUCGCCUCAGUAGACGCCAUCGACUCUGCCUCGCAGUCUUUUCUUCGCUCCCUCCUUGACGUCUUAUCCGACCUGACGCGCACCACCAGAGAUGAAGUGGUAGAUCUCCUCGUCCAGCAAGUCGCCCAACAUCACCGCCAACGCCUCCUGAACCGCCUCCGCUCUUCACGCUGGACGAAACCAGCCUACCUGUCCCGGACGCACAAGAAGCCUCUCCACGCCGAUUUCUCCAACCUCAUCCACCGCGCCGAGUUUCUCUACGCCCGCAACGAGCGGCGGCAGAGGUCCGACAUCGAAGCGAGCCUCUCUUCAUUGGCGUCUGUGCUCCGAUCCUUCGAGGACCCUCCUCCGCCCGACGAGGAGCCGGGACGAGAGGACGGGAGGCGCUGCGCCCUCAUCCGCGCCUGCUACGAUUUCUGCAUCCGCCCGUCCACGGCCGACUACCUCCGUCGGCUGCGCUCCGUGAGACCCACGGUGCAGGUGCAGGCCUGCUUCAAGACCCUCCAGCAGACGGAGAAGAUCGCGGCCUACUACCGCAUCCCGCUUACCCUCGCCGACUUGGCCCUCGCCCGCUCGUUCCUCUUCAAGAAUGCGGAACUCGUCUUCUUGCCGCCGUACCGGGCCGGGCCUGUCGAAGUGGCGUACCAACCCUGGGCGGCGUCGACGCACGUUCAUGCUGAGGUGAACCUCGCCGUGCACCAAGAUAUGACGCGGGCCCUGGUGGAUUGUGCUGCUUGGCUCGCCCCUCGUUGUGUCGGCGCGUCCAAAUACCUCUGUUAUCUCUGCUACCUGUUCCUACGCCGUCACGGAGCUUACUUUCCUUCCAAGACGCAUGGCGCUUGCUACGAUCAAUGGACUAUACCGGAUCUUGCCGGCUACCCAGACGAUCUUCGGCAUCGGUAUCGGGGGGUCGUGAAGGGCAUCAUGCAAGACGUGUCGGACGCAGCUGGUAAGGCUACCAGGCGGAUUGAACCGAUGACAAGUCGGGAGAAUCUCAUCGCCGGUUCUUUGGAUGCAUGCCUGACUACUCCCCCUUAUUCGAUCGUCGACGGCCAAUUCUAA